GUCAAUGAGCUCAGUCUUGUUUACGUUGCUGGGAAAGACUGACGGAAGGAGGAGCACGGCUUAAUAAUUCCCACAUUUCCCACAUUUUCCACCAUGCCUGUCAAAACGGAGAUGGCUUCCCUGGACCCUCCGCCCCCAGCUAACUCAGGGCAGCCAGGAGUGACACGUAGCCUCUUAUAUAAUGGCUCGAGAUUUCAGGGACACCAAAAAUCUAAAGGGCAGUCUUAUGAUGUCGAAGUAGUAUUGCAGCAUGUUGAUGAGGCAAACUCUUACCUGUGUGGCUACCUCAAGAUCAAAGGGCUGACUGAAGAGUACCCGACGCUAACCACUUUCUUCGACGGUGAAAUUAUUAGCGAAAAGUAUCCAUUUCUCACCAGGAAAUGGGAUGCGGAUGAAGAAGUAGAUAAAAAGCACUGGGGUAAAUUUCCCCCCUUCUACCAAUAUACCAAAACCUUCAACUCCGACACAUUUGACUACUCAGUCUUGAAGGACUCGGAACACGUGUUUAUGAGGUGGAAGGAGCACUUCCUUGUGCCAGAUCACACUGUCAAGGACAUCAAUGGGGCAUCCUUUGCUGGAUUUUAUUACAUAUGCUUUCAGAAGAGUGCGGCAACUAUCGACGGUUACUAUUACCACCGUACCUCAGAAUGGUACCAGUCCCUCAACCUGACCCACGUCCCAGAGCACAGCGUUCAGAUCUACGAGUUCAGAUAAGUGGCUACAAGUGACAGUCGGACCGACGUGCGUGUGUGUGUGUGUAUGUAUGUGUGCGUGCAGCGACUCACUUCAUGUAUAAGUCAAGUUUUAUUUGUUCCUCUAUAAGAAAAAGUGUCAUUGGUGUCUUAACUGGUUGGACUUUCUCUUAGCAGCAAGGCUUCUGUGAUGUGAGUGUGUGGGGCUGCUGCCUGGACUGCUUGGGAAGGGAAGGGAUGGGAGGGAGUGCCAAGGAGUGCCAAGUGGAUCUGUGUUUAAUGGAGGCAUCCCUUUUUUAGCUUUUUAUGACCUUACAUAAAUUGUUUUUUGAAUUUUUUUGUGGAAUUAGUACACUUUGCAUUUAUUAUCUAUCAAAUUGGCUCUGUUCUCUGAUAGGUUGGUAAAUUGAAACUGGUUUUGACAUUCAUGAGUAUUUUUUUUUUGUGUUAUUAUGGAAUUAUACAUUGUUGGUGGACAUGACUUGCUUUUAAAAUGAAGGAUAUUUGUUCAUUGUUAAUCGGUGAAUAACACUUAUUGGUUACUUUAAGUAGUCUCUGAAACAUGUGGUAUUAGAAGAUUAAACAAUAGAAAAUUUGAAAAUGUCAUACAAAAUAGGACUGAUUGUAUGCUGUACUUCAUAUUAUUUCUCUAUAUUUCCUAUUUUUAAUUCAUUUAUAUAAUGAUUCAAACAACUAAUUAUAUUUAAGGUUGGUCGUAUAUAUAUAUACACACACACAUACACACAUACAUACAUAUAUACAUACAUACACACAUACAUACAUACUCAUACGUAUACAUAUAUCUGUGUGACAGACUCAGUAAUAAGCAGUCAUAAGAUAAGUGUGAACCUCAGCAUUUUGUUGUGUGUUGCCCGGUAAGAGACAGUGUUACCAGACCUGGGCAGUGUGGGGAGGGUGAAGGGACAGUGCCACCUUGGAGAGGCACAUGGAUAGAUAGUGUCACUAAGCAGGUGAGAUGAGUGCUAACUCUGAAGAACUGGUAAAUCAGUAGUGCCUCAUACAGAGGACAGUGCCACAUAUGUGAGUAGUGCCACUGUGAGCAGGUGGGAAGAGUAUCACCUGUGAAGGGCAGAUAAAGAAGUAGUGCCUCCCACAGGGCUAAGACAGUGCCACCUAGUAUGAUGAGUAUAAGGAGUGGUGAGUGCCUCCUGUGAGGAUGAGACAGUGCCACCACCUGUGCAGAAUAGGAUGUGUGAUUGGUGAUGCUGUUACAGGUGUGUUCUAUCCAGUGUUUGCCUCAGUGCUGACUAUAGAUCUAUUUAUAAUAUAUUUUAUAGAAAUGAAGCUGUAUUGUUGUACUUUGUAGAAGACCUUCUGUGCUACUUGUAUGUUGUUUGAAGGAUGUGAGUUUGAAUCCUACUUGCAAUCUUUAUAUUAAUAUACACAUGCUUGUAGAGGA